AUGGGCCGUCUGAUCGCGACGACGGGUGGACAUCGUGUUCCUCAUUUGCAGCGGUCGAUUCAAAGAGAAGACUUGCAUCUCCAGAUCCAGCGCUCGCUGCGCAGCUCAGCAGGGGUGGCACGUGCCCAGGCUGGCGCCUUGCGGCGUCGACUCAAGCUUCGACGAGAAGCAGUAUGGCGGCCGGAUGAGCUGUUUGACUCCGUCGAGGCACUGCUUGCGGUUGAGAACGAAGCGGCGAGUGGAGCGAGCGCUUGCUGGGCAAAGUGGCGGAACUGGUGCACAAAGUUCGAGAGACGUGAUCCUGGUGGAAAGUGGGACAACGGCUUGGAUGAUAUCGAUAAACUGCUGGCAGAGGAGGAGAAUGAGAAGGCAGCAGAUGAGAGCGAUGCCCGGGCCCUGGCUGAGAUGCAGGAACGGCAUGAACAAGAACUCCAGGAACACCUGGACGAGGAGAAGCGACGAUGGGAGGCCAAGGAGGCGCGCAGAGCACGCGAAUGGGAUGACUGGGCGCUCUUUGAUGAGAUGGAGAAGGGGCCUCGCCGCUCCAGCGUGCCUACGCCUCGCCUCUACCUGCAUGUUGAGACUGCUCAGCUCGAGAACCGGGUGAGUGUCACGAAGUCAUGGCGCCGUUGCCGGGCAGAGAACCAGCCCCAGUACAGUUGGCUGUGGAGCAGACGAUGGAGCUGGACCCAGAGGAUGUCGAGACGGUCAUCCUCCGACAGAGUCGCAGGAUCGUGGAAUCGAGGCCCUCCAUGGGGUACGGAAUCCGCCGACCGCGACCCUCACCCGGAGAAAUACUCACAACCUUCGAGGAAGCCCCAGGCCGAGGAAAGGGCAAAAGACAAGGAACGGCCCUCCUCGAGCCAGCCUUGGUUUUGGAGGCUUAGGGUUCAGAGCCCGUUUUUUGAACCCAGACUCUCUGAACCCUGA